AUGCACUGCAAGACUGCUCUCUUCCCUCUCUUCGUCGCCUGUACUCUUGCUAUCCCCGCCGUGGUCCCUCUCGAAGUACGAGUUCCACCGAACAAGCAUCAGGGCUCCUGGCCAUUCACCAUGCCAAUCCCCCCAUGCUCCCCGGAUUCAGAACUAGUAGAAUUUGCAACCACCUACAAUGACCAUUGGGCGGUCUGGACCGACCAAGAGACGGGUAUUGUGACCGUCAAGGGACACAACAACCUCAAGGGCACGGGGGUCGUCAAGCAAGGCGGUGGCCGGGUGUACGAGUCCAAGUACAAUGUCUAUUGGACUUGGGACCCGAUCCAGGGCAUGGUGUAUCGCUUCGAGCGCGGCGAACUUCCGUGCUUCUAA